GUCGUGCGCGCAUAGGCGUAUCGUUUGGUACGAAUACGUGCGGGAAGAGGAAUGAAAUGGAGAACGUUUAUAAGCGGUAUACAAACAACCUAAGGUAACAUCUUCAGGAGCUUAAAAAAUAACCCGUCUUUAUUUGUGAAACACUUGUGAUCCUACCAGCCUGUUCUGUGUCAUGUAUAUACAUGAUGGUAGCCAGUGAUGGCGUCAAAUCCAGACCUCGUGAACCACCUCAGGGACGUCUUCGAUGUGUGUGACGAUGAAAACCUGGGUUAUAUUAGUCUUGAAAAACUAAAAGAACUCGGAUACAAGUACUUUGGAGGAAAUGAGGAGGACAUGCUGCAGUUAAUUCAUAGUCUUGACUCUAGGGGUCAGGGUAUUGUUACUUUCCCGGAUUUCUGCAAGGGCGUCACUACUGUCCUACUUCGUCAAAGUGGCUGCAAUAUAAAUAAUGGAGGCGAUGAGUCCCCGAACAACACAAAUUUGUAUCUACCAAGUCAGGUAAUUUUACCAGGUACAAGCAACGACCUCUCCAUGUCACAAGAUGAACUUACAGUAUCGCAAGAUUGUCUUCUCCUAGGUGGCGAAAGUGUAGCUACGUGUAGCAAUAUCAGUGGCCAGUCCCCAACGUUUGAAAACAAAAGAAUCAGUCCUAUCCUCGUCUGCAGUGACGAAGAAGAACGUUUCGAGUGUUACGGAGAAGGGGAGGAUCCGGAGACUGAUAUCAACGAAUCUGGAAUCUACCUGGAAUCCAAUGGAUCCUAUAAACCGUCAUUAAGCUCUGACAGUUUUCGUAGUACAAGUAGUGCAGGCAGCACCGGAAGUGGCGGACGAAUACGCCAUACCCGCAAUCCAUCUCAACACAGUACAUGGUCGCGGUCUAGUCUCCGAAGAGCCUCUAGGUACAAACGAUUGUUUUAUCUGUGUUUUUUCGUGAAAUGUGUUUUGUUUUCUACUACGUGUACUUCAU